CCUAUUGAAUAUUUCUUACGAGCUGCACAAUGGCAAAGAGCAGUCUCACCAAGGUUAGGUGUUCCACCAGCUCCUGACAAAAAUAGCAUUUGGUCAAGUCCUUAUAUAAGAUAUGGUCUCCCACUAGGUUUGCUAGCUACAGCAGGAGCAGUUAUGAUGUUGAAAAGAAAUAAAGCAAAUGUUGUAAAUAAUACUGAAGUAGCUGAAGUUAAACAAACUCCAACACCUUCGCCAAAACCAACGCCUUCACAAGCAAAACCUUCAAUGACUCCUGAACCUAUGGAAGUACAAACUCCUGUUCAAAAGUCAACUCCUAAACCGACUCCAACAUUUAAACCAGAACCUACUCCUCAAAUAAAUCGUAAAACUCCUGCGUUUCCUUACUGA